AUGCGAUACGCCUUAAUCACCUCGACUGCAGCUGCAGUGCUCUCCUGUUCCCAUGUUGUUUUAGCCGGGAAUCCUGCCCAUGAAGCAUACCUCGAGCGUCGUCAAGCCGCUCUGUCAACCACUGUAUCUUCCUCCUCGGCAGCUCAGACUGGUGCUCCUAGUCUCUCUAGCUCGAGUGCUGCUUCUUCGUCGUCCACCUCGGCCGCACCAUCCAUCUCGCGUGCUCCUGCGCCCCAACACAUGACCGCGACUGAUCCUAGUAUUCCUUCUUUGGACCACAUUACUAUGGGCGGCCCAGUUCAAUCGCCAGUGCACUUGACUACUACCUAUGCUGCUGGAGCUACUGCUCCGCUCAAGGGAGCUCGUACUUUGCCAAGUAAAAUGAUCGUGGCUUCACGGUAUCCUCCAAUCGACAAGGUUCCUCCUACCGACUCUCCCGAGGUUCAAGACUGGAUUGCCGAGGUCAUGGCAAAUAAUCCCAGCAUUCCUUUAAUCCCCCAGACGAAAGAUGGCUCGUGUGCUGGCGAUCCUGAACUGGCCAAACAAGGUUCUGCGGCCGGAAACUGCUGGUGGACCUGCGGAGGGUGCACUCGCCCAACUGACAUUACAGUGUGCCCUGACAAGAUGUCAUGGGGCUUGACGUACGACGAUGGUCCUUCGCCGUACACGCCCAAGCUUUUGCACUACUUGGAUGAGCAUCAGCUCAACGCUACUUUCUACGUUGUCGGCUCUCGCGUCAUUUCUCGCCCCGAGAUAGUUCAGUAUGAAUACAUGAAGGGCCAUGAGUUAUCCGUGCAUACAUGGUCGCACUACCCACUUACCUCUCUCACCAACGAGCAAAUUAUCGCAGAGCUUGGGUGGACCCGAAAGGCGAUUCGCGAUGUGACCGGGGUGUCGCCGCUUACUAUGCGUCCUCCUUAUGGUGAUAUUGAUGAUCGUGUCCGUGCUAUUGCCAUGGCCAUGGACCUGACCCCCGUUAUCUGGACUGGUGUUGGAAAGGACGAGUUUGACACUUCCGACUGGCGUAUUCCAGGUGGUACCUCCAAUGGUACUUACUCGUAUAGCGCCUUCAACAAAAUCUUGGAAAAGGCCGCUACUCUCGAUACUGGUUUCAUUGUGCUCCAACAUGACUUGUAUCAAGAGACCGUUGACCUCGCUGUUGGUUACAUUCUUCCAGAUGCUCUCGCACAUCAACCCAAGUUCACUCUUUCGAGUGUUAGCCACUGCUUGCACCAGCCUCUCGAAGACGCUUAUAUCGAGACCAACACCAACGAGACCAUCAGGACCACUGCUGGUGGUGGAAUCGGACUGAGGAACUCUGGAUUCAGGGCGAGUGCUCCUAUUGGCUUUGCAGGUGCAUUGGUUGGGAUGGUUGGUGUUUUGGCCGUGCUUUUCGCUUGA